CAAUAAAAAAAAGAAAUGAAAAUAAAAUACUGCGGGAGAGAAUAAUAAAUAAAGCGCGAAGCGUUGGAUGAACGCUCCAAAGAAAUGGCCUUAAACCGAUAUGUCGUUUUUAGUCAUUCACUUUUUCACUAUCGUCGUCCUCCUCCAUUUUUCUCAUCUGCUCUGCGUUCGACCUCCUCGUCCAUGGAAGCUCCUCCCGCAGGAUACCGCAAAAACGUUGGUAUUUGCCUCAUCAAUCCGUCUAAAAAGAUUUUUGCUGCCUCAAGGUUGGAUAUACCAGAUGCCUGGCAAAUGCCUCAGGGCGGCGUGGACGAGGGUGAAGAUCCAAGAAGUGCAGCCAUUAGAGAACUUAGAGAAGAAACAGGAGUCAAAUCCGCAGACAUUAUUGCUGAAGUACCUUAUUGGGUGACUUAUGACUUCCCACCACAAGUUCGUGAAAAACUUAGGCAACAGUGGGGUUCUGACUGGAAGGGUCAAGCACAGAAGUGGUUUCUGCUGAAGCUGACGGGAAGUGAUGAAGAGAUCAAUCUUCUAGGUGAUGGGACCGAGAAAGCCGAGUUUGGCGAAUGGUCAUGGAUGUCACCUGAAGAAGUAGUAGAACGUGCUGUAGAUUUCAAGAAACCUGUAUACAAGGACGUGCUAACGGUAUUCAAACCCCAUCUCGACUGACAUUGUUCUGUUUCAUAAACAUUUAUUCUCGUCCCUUUCAAUAAUGUUGGUUUUACUUGUCCAAUGAACUAAAUAUUUAUAUACAAGGAAGCCAUGUCGAGCUGCGGCGAUAUAUCAAACCAGCUCGAUUGGUGGAAUUAGUUUUCUUACAUGAUGGUUAGUUAUAGGAUCCUUUUUUCCCCUCCCUCUCUCUCUCUCUUUGGAACAAGACUAUUGGAAAUAAGUUUCAUGCUUCAUUUUAUAGCAAAAAGCUCUCAUGUUUGAGAAUAAACGAUACUUUCUUGAA